UGAUAAUUACACUUUUACGCAAUUUGAGGAGGAUCCUUCAAUAAGAGAUCUAUAACUACCAUUCUAUAUUUAGGGAGUCUAGCAAGUGCUUGAAGAGGAGAGCAUGUCUAUUUCUAGAAACUGAUAACCUGGAAAUCUGCUAUGAAAUCGCGUAAACGGAAAAACUAUGAUAUACAUAUAUCUCCUAUGAUGUAAACUCAAAAUGGGUGAGAGAUUCUUUUCGUGGGAUGAAAUUACGGAAGGAUUAAUUCUAUUGAGUGCGGCAAAGGCGGAGGACGAACAAGCCAAGCGACGAAAGAAGCGAGUUGCUGCCGUCCAAGUGGCGGAUAUCUACUGCCCACAUUAUUAUUUGAUUUUGAGCUAUCGGGAAACGUUGAACGACAGCGAAAAGAUCAGAUUCCGGAAAAAUUUUUUGAGAAAGGUGACGCCGGAGGAGCCGGACAUCAUUAUCCUGCAGGACAUCAAGGACAUCGUGCUCUUCCUCCUCGUGUCGUCCGUCAGCCCGCAGUUCAUAAACUUCCUCCACCUGCCGGUCGUGGACCGGUUUCUGCGGGCGCUGAUCGUCUACUUCCAGCGCUACGUGGAGAUAUGGGAGGACCUGGUGCAGGAGAGGGCGGCCACCAUGAGGAAGGCGCCGAAUCCGCUGGCGCGCGGGCACAGGUUCCGCUACGCCGACGAGAUGCACACCCUGCGCUGCAUCCUCGGCCGCGAGUACGUCGACUUGCUGCUGGGCUGUCGGGACGGGCCGCGGUACCAUCACAUGAUGACCAGCGGCAAACGCACGGUCACGCAGUCGCAGGGCGAGAAGGACCUGCGGAACUACGAGGGGCUGAUAAGCGUCGCCCAUCGGAUCGUGUGGAUCGCGUUACAGCGAAAGCAUUACACCCUGAUCGAGCUGGAGCUGCACAGGCUGCUCCGAACCGAGGCGUACAACACCGCGCAAAGACAAAGCAGCAGUCCGCUUAUUCAGGAUAUGCUGGAGGAUGAUAUCCGUGUUCUGCAUGGUCCCAAGACGAUGUUGAAAAGUCGAAAAUUGCUCAGAAACGCCCCCUUGCCGCGCGAGCUGAUGUACGAGGAUUGCGAUUAUCGUCUUCUAUCGUUAGGGGUAGUAGAUAUCGACAUAGACCAUCCGAAAAUCGCUUAUCUGAGAAACGCCCUUCUCGCCGACGAGGAGAUGCUGUCUAAGUUGGGGAUCAAAGUGGGUAUACUGGGUCACAGUCGCUCGGAUUACGAUAUAAUGUUAAUGCCGUACAAAGCGGAGGAACCGGCGGAGGAGCCAACGGCGAUCGACAGGAAAUCAUUGGAGACGCGGAGGAGUAUCUUUAAACCUCAAGUCGUGCAACCAGUUGAGGAGAUCGAAUGCCUGCCGCCCGAACUGAUCGAGGAAUUCCCGGUGAAGGAGAUCAAGGAGAGGCACGAGAGAUAUGACAAGAUUCGCGAAAAGGCCAGGAUAAAAUGGAUUCUGCGAGAGAUGAAGCGACAUGAACGCAAAGCGACCGAUUCUUACUCUAUAGCGACAACUCCCGACUGAAUAUCCGGAGUGGAAUAAGGCUCCUAUACAUUAUGUGUAUACGACACGGCGAGAAUUUUCACAAGAAAUUAAAACGGUAUUUAUAUUAAUUACGGAUAAAUUCUAUAGAUUCGAAAUAUCGACACUUCGAACGAAUACAACAUUUUUGUCUAUCGAUAUAAAAAUAAAAUACACAAGUUUCCCAGUCGUUUCACGUCUAAGCCUCUGAUAGACACUGUCAUUUAGGAUAUGAAUGACAAGGAUGGAUAUAUAUAAACUGAAACGCUAUAACGCAAUGUAAAAAAUAUGCUUAUUGUAAUUGGUGAUGCCUAAUCAAGAGUAAUAAUGCUGAUAUUUUACAAGAAGAUACACAUAUAGGUACAUUUCAGGCAAUGCGUUAUGAUUUAAACUCGGCAUUGUCCUGUCCAUAAAUAAUUAUUGUACCUAAUCGCUACCGCUAUAUACGUAGUAACAAUACAUACGAUACGUUAAUUUAAUUGUCCCCAAUGUGGGGAUCGACCUGCACAAAUUAUUCUCGUUUUGCAUCUAAAACGUGCGAUAAAGUCGCCGUUUCGCGCUCCUCGCUCGCUAAACGUUCGUGUUAGUUAAAGUGCGCCUUGCUCCAAGUGCGACCCGUUUCUCCUGAAUAAGUGACACGCAUUACAUAUCGCAAUGUAAAAAAAAAAAAAAAGAAGAAAACGAAAAGAGAUCUCUUGACGUUUUUGGCACAGCGAUUUUGAUAAUAAAAACCAGAUUUUUAUAAACACACUCGACCCGUCAUUGCGCAUACGCGUGUAACGAAUAACGUUUUACAAAUGUUUGGCUUCAACGGUAGACAGUUACGUAAUGCACGACACUUUCCCCGUUUUCGAUCAAGCUAUUACGAUAUGUAUUGAGAGAUUACAGAUGAUUCAGUUAUUUGUCCGCGUAUCUCGCGUCCAUUUUACACUGCUACUAUUACACACGGAGUUAUAACAAUGUUGUGCAGUACGUGCGGUACUUUAAAAGUCAAAUGGCAGUAAGCAAUUCCACGCCAUUCACGCGCUUUAUCGCACCGAUCUAGUUUUACUUUCAGAAUCUGUGCCUUUAAAAAAAAAAAGUUCUCUUAAAUAAUCGUUGACGUACUCUCUUUCUCUCUCUCUCUCUCUCUCUCUCUUGAAAAAAUAUACGUGAUAACAAUGAUAACAAGUUUCCUUUUAGUUCAGCUAAUUUUACACAGCGUGUCAUCUCAUUUGUAAGGCUGCAAAGCGUUGCACAUUCGGUAACAAUGUUGAAAAAUGAAAAAAUUUUUUUUCGGCACUUUCGCUAAAUGUUUAUACUUCACUUAGAUAUUACGGCUAUCCCUAUCGUCGCUGAACAUUUGUCUACAUGAAUAUAAUACAGAAUGGACAAAGUGACAAUAUUGAUUAUGCACAUAUUAAUAAUAAAACGUUAUUUAAUAAAUGUGGUUAUUUAUAUAACUGUGUUACUGUCGGUGAUCAGACGAUGGAGAAGGAAACGUGAUUAUGUACACUACAUGUUACAUAUAUUUAUGUAGACAUAUGUAUGUUUCAUUUUCUUUUUUUUUUUUUUUUAUAAACUCAGUCGUGUGUGUUUGUACAAACAUAUUCAUAUGCACAAGGUUUCAUAAUGAAAAUUAACUUCUGAAAAAAUGUAUUUUAUUUAAAUAAAAUUCAGAUAGUAUAUUUUCAAAGGAUGAUACCGCAUACGAUGUAUAUCCCCAGGUUCAUAAUUUCUUUUUUCUCGCUGUAUAUUUCUGCCAUUGAAAAAAUGCAAAUACCAAUUUUUACAUUCUGCAAAUUAACGAAUAAUUUUACUACAAUUUGCUCUAAUAUAAGAAUGAUAUAUAUAUAUAUGUAUAUAUAUAUUUAUGUAUAUAUAUACAAAGUUAUAUACGAACACCAAAUAUUUCUUUCAAGUAUUAUGUCGUUUGACUCCAGUUAUUCUGUUCUUUAGCUUUUUUGUAGAGCUAAGCGUACCCCGGUUAUAAACCGGAAUACGUCUCUCACAGUUGCUACAGCAUAAUCGAUAACAAAUAAAAUCAUUACAAAUCAGUCAUAAAAAUACCUUUGUACCUAUUAUUUGAGUAGAGUCAGUAAUUAGCUAGACAUUACGUGUAGUUCAAUAAAUAUGGGAGCUAUAUUAGUACACAUAAUUUAGAUAAAUUCCUUACUGUGGAUCUCAAUAAAAACAAGCCGUAUAUAAAAAUGAGAAAACUAUGCAUCCCGGUUUAGCUCGCGUUGCGUUGGAAUUUAGUUUGAACCAUUAAUAUGAACUGCGCCCGCUCUUACCCUCCCAUUCUAUUUAUACACUUCGUUACAAAGAAAAAUGAUUGCAUGUUAUUAAUUGCAGUUAUAACAAUUUUCCUAAGCAAAUUUGU